UUUAACGUAUAAUCAUGGCCACGCAUACGCAUAGUAAUACAGAACACGAUGACGAUGAUGAUGAAGAUGAUGAGGAGUCGCAGAUUUGUUGGAGUGACGUGAUCUUCCUGCCUUUCAACCCAGUCUUCAAGAUGUUUGUGCUGGUCAGCGUGAUAGCCAAGAGUAUUUUGGGUCCAGUUCGGUCGGUCUACUCCAUUACUCACUGUUCCCCAAUAAUGGAUCAAUAUAUUUACCUGACUUUUGUUAAGUACUUUUACUGGUACUUCUGCGAUAUAAUAUACUUUGCUGAUACUUUCUUUCAUAUUGUGCACAGGCAAGUAACGGACAAGGCUAUGAGAAGGGAGCACCUACCUAAAUCAGCUUUUCUGUUGUUACUUGAUGUGAUCGCUCUGGUACCGUUUUAUACUCUGUCAACUUACGACCUUUGCCCACCAGUUCAGCUGUGGCCAAACAUAUUGGCCUUCUCUGAAUUUAUUGUCAUAUACCGAGUAGUGGAACAUUUCUCCGUGGUUUCAACCCAUUCGAUAAUAAAAUUGACGAUUGGAUUCACAAUAUUUAUAAUGAUAUGCGUCAACUGCGUGGGGUGUUUUCUUGUGUUACUAACGGUGCACGGUCUUUGUGCCAAUUGUAGAAACAAAAUUUACGACUGGAGAAAAUAUGUGGUUCACAAGAUGAACGAAACCGACGAAGGAUUUACAACGUAUGUGUAUGGAACAUCAUUUGUUAUGGGAUUUGUUGUUAAUUGCUUAUUUGACGAAACUAAACCUUCUACUAUUUUGGAAUUCUGCUUAGUCAGCAGUUUUAUGAUCAUCAGCUACGUUGUAGACAUUUUUGUGGUAAUGCCGAAGAUGUUCGCAGAAUCUAUUUUGAAUUUGCGAAGAAUAUGCACAUUUCAACCAACCGUGAAAAAAAUUACAGAAGAAACCAAAAGGCGAAACCCUUCACCUGUAGCUUAUCAAAAUGUGAGCAGUUUCUAUAGUCUAAUGUGGAGGAAAAGAAGAGGGAUCACCAGCAUUCCUGAAAUCAUUGGCGAAUUACCUAGAUACUUGCGGCUUGAUAUCAGGCAAGAUUUAGUUUGGCCUGUGUUUUAUCAUAGCCCCACACUAAGAAAAACAUCCACACCCUUCAAAAGAUGGCUUUGUGAAUGUAUUAGCCUGGACUAUAAGCUACCUGGGGAGAAAUUCUUUGCUGGACCUCAUUGCCACACCAACCUGUACUAUUUAAAAUCUGGUAUUGUAGAACUGGUAUCAGCUGACGAUGGUGUGACACCUUUGCUUUCUUUGAGCGACGGCACAAUUUUUGGAGAUGUCAGUUUCUUGGUACCACCUCUGAAAAGGAAUUUAGUUGUGCGUUGCGUAACGUAUUGCGAAGUUUUCAUGGUAUCUAGAUAUGAUUUAUUAAAAGCUUUGCAGAAAUUCCCAGCAGACCGAAAGAAUAUUUUAGAAUCAGUCAAAGAUAGAAUAAAACAUGCACGCACGCUUUAUACGUGUAAACAACACGUGAGGGGACUUGAUAGAGCGGAAGACGAGGGUAUAGCGUGGAUUAAGAGGCGCUGGUGGGAAAUAUCAGAUACAGUUGCCAGUUGGAAGAAGAAAACCGGAGGUCGAUGCGAACUGCCCCCAGAAGAAGCCGUAUAUCAUUGUGCUAAAUAUAUCGGACAACUUGUUUUAUGUAGCGAAAUUCAGCUACACAAAAAGAGUUUAUUUAAUAAUACGAAUUUCCCUUGGAUAUUAACACCUAACUCCACUUUUGUUCGAGUCUGGAAGAAUAUUGUUAUGUUCACGGUGUUUCUUGCAUUGAUCAUGUACCCACCAAAUAUCACGCGGAAGAAAGUUCUAAAAUCGUUUAUGUUUGUAAAGUGCUGGGUUGACUUUGUUUAUAUUGCAGAUAUUGGCAUUUCCCUUCUGACUUCGACCAAGAGAGACAACUUGUCUGAUAAUUUCGCUGCUGUUAUGUUCACUCGAUGCAAAAGUGCCCGAUUCGUUAUGGAUAUUUUUGCCACUGUGUGGAUUGAAGUUUUGGCGAUUUUGGCUGGUAAGCCAGAAUACUAUUACAUAUUCCAAUUCAAUCGCCUUCUCAAAGUAUACAUAUUGUUCGCCAGUGACUAUGUAAAUGAGUGGAGCUUAGACAGAGAAUUGCUUCUUAACGUUUGCUAUAAAGUUAUAUUGACGAAUUUUUGUUAUUUCUACAUUAUUGCCUACGUGAUAUACGUCGCGGAUAGAUACAUACCCGAAAUGACAACAUCUUAUUUCUUUGGUGAAAAGUAUUGCAAUGAAGGAAACCGAACGGUGAAAUGCGACCUUGAAAGUCAGUUUUUGGGAGUAGCUAUCGGGUAUGCUUAUGAACUAUUAUUUUUUGAAUUUCCUCCGUUAUCUUUGACUGACAUUUACUUUGGUGCCGUGAUAAAUUACAUCGGAUUUAUAAUAUACAUGAUAACAAAAGCGAGGUUCAUUGCUUAUUUGUAUCUGAAGUUUAGAGAGGUUACGAACUAUCAAUGGUUUGUGACGAAUUUGAAGUCAUAUUACAAUCACCACAAAAUUCAUCAUGCUCUUAUGAAACGUCUGGAUAGAUAUUUGGUGUGUCAAUGGAAAUAUUACCAUGGGGCUGACGUUAUGCAUCCUCAUAUAAUGAAGAAUGAACCAUUUGAUAUCUACUGGAAGGUGCAUGGUGAGGUGGCUGAACGGAUCAUAAGCAACUCCCAAGCGUUUGCAGGAGCAGACCCGUUGUUGGUGAGGGAGUUAGCUUAUGCUGCGAAAUAUUUGAUUAUGCCCAAAAACGCUACUUUGUUCCUUUUUGGGGUGCAAUGUAGAAAUGUCACUUGGAUUGUGCAAGGUCAUAUAAAAUGCGAGUAUCACAAUGAAAAAGGUGAACUGCUAAGAUCAUAUUACGAACCUGGUAAGAUGGUUUCUGUGAGUGCAGUUUUGUUACGUAAACCUUCUCUAAGGACUUACGCCUCUUGUACAGAAUGCGAGUUGAUAUACAUUCUGAUACAAGAUUUCUUCAAUAUUAUCAAACGAUAUCCGAACGAGUGGAGCUACUUUCAGAAUUGCAUUAAAGAAUUUGGGCCCUUAUUUGAAGAAAUGUUCGAAGCGUAUGUGAAAAAGCAUAGAGACUAUCAAAAGAAACUUCGCAAAAGAAUAUUCCUUGCUAGAGCGUCGUCGCUACCAAACACGGAUAGACGAAAAUCUGUUGUUGAAAGUGAUGAGUGGACGCCUUUGACGGCUUUCGAUUUUGACAGCUGGCUGGAUCCCGAUUCUGACUGGAUGUAUUAUUGGAUGAUGUUCCGAGCUUUUAUAGUCAUAGUGUCAAUUGCAAGUACUUCGUUACAAGGUGGCAGUGGAGCGCCAUAUAGAAGACAAUUAAUGAUCACAAGUGCAUUUUGCGACGCCAUUGCUUUUGUUGAUAUUGUAUUGAAGAUGUUUGUGUCUUACUACAACGAAAAAGGGAUUCUCAUAUACGACACUCGCAUGUGUAUUCGACAUUACUUGACCAGGGGCUUUUUCCUGGACGUGGUCGGUGCAGUUCCCUGGUCAGAGUUCUUUAAGAUCAUCCUCACGUAUGAAAUAACCGAAACCCAGGCCAUGUUCAUGAAUACAUUCUGCAAGUUCGCACAUCUGUAUAUUUUGAUGGAGUUCUUCAACCAUAUAGCUGAUCUGCCGUCUUUGAAUACCGUGUAUAUUUUGAUAAUAAAGUGGCAGUUGAUGAUAGCUCUGGUGAUGCUAGGUGGGAGCCACUACCUCAUGAACCACUGCAUCGACUUCACGUUUGACGACCAAGGCAACCUCAUGUCUAUGAAGCGCAUCAACGAGUGCUGGCUACCGUCUUACAUGGUGCUGGAUGAAAAUCCUACAGUGGACCAGCUGCACACGCUGUUCGCUCAGAGUCUGAACCUGGCGCAGAGCGCUCUCAUGAGGAUGAACCUCGGCAAGUUCCAUAUAGACCGGAGCAAUCUCGGCGUUGGUCUCGUACUGGUAACCCUUGGCAUUGUCUUUUGGUACGUCAUGUGUUACUCGUUAACCCUUCUGAUACUGGCAGCGAGGGGGAACAAACUCUACCAACACGGUAUCAGUCAGUUGCAGAAGUUCCUAAGUGCUGAGAGGGUUGAUCAGAAGCUUAUUGAUAAUGCUGUUGCCCAUUUUGGAUAUUACUGGAUAAGAAAUAAAGGCAUAAAUAUACACCAUCUGAUGAAUGAACGCAUCGGUCAUGUAGUGUUCAGACAAGACUUGAGCUACUAUUUAUUUAAAAAAACCUUUAAAGCCUUAGACACGUUACUCCGGGGAGGUGAACCCCUGGAAAGGCAGCUGUCCAGCGCUGGCCUGCAAACGUACCUGCGACCAGGCGAGGAGAUUAUGAGGGAGAUGGAUCUGCUGCCUUACGUCUUUGUGGUGCAUAGAGGAAAGGUCACCAUCAGCAAGGAUGGGAAGACGUUGGCUGAGCUGACUAAAGGCUGUAUAUUCGGUCAGCUGGACGGUACGGAACCGCGUCCUGUUCGGGUAUCAGCGGUUGCCAACGGGUAUGCUGAUGUCUUGCAGAUGACUAUCGGCCAGUUCCAAGAUACUAUCACUGAUCAGAUAAGAAUAAACAUAGCUCGAAACCGGCAAUCAAAAUACGACUUUAUGGCAGUCAAAAAACAAGUUCACGAGAAUCCUCACAACACCAUAGAGUACAUCUUGCGAGGACGCAAAACGAUAAAGUUACCAUUCAUGAAAGAGCCGGUAGAAGCUCGCGGCAGGAACUGGUACACAAGAUGGUUGUUCCUUGCGUGGAUGAUAUCUCCCUUUGUCUCGGCUGUACUGGUUUUCCUGCUCAGUUUUGUGCCUGAAGACAUACGGCGGGACAUCUACUGGAGUCUCUCAGCGAUUGAUAUACUGCACCUCGCUCAUAUUAUUUCGGAGUUCUUUACGGUAGAGCUAGUGGUAGUCGGCGAUGCUCUCGUCAAGAGGCGUCUAGCACAUCGGUUGCUACUGUACUGGGGGUUCUACGUCGAUGCCAUAUCUCUGAUCGUGCCCAUGGUAACCCUGGCCAACGGCAACUGGGCCUACCAACUUGCCAGGCUGCUGAGACUUCGGCUGCUGUAUGAGUUUCAUGUCCAUUUCUGCACCAGUUUUAAGAGUAAAGUGACUCCGAUUCUAAUGAAGUUCAUUAUCGUGAUUCUCUUGAUUCACGCUAUGGUGUGCGGCUGGAUUUACGUGGCUUGUCGUAGAGGCCCUGGUGAGCCAUUUCCGGUGCCGAUUUUGGAGCUGCCCCCUUCUUACAAUGCGAGCAUAGACCGCGAUGAAUGGAUAUCAGUGAAACAAAGACAUGACGGAUGUUCACGGAUGUCGAUGUACUUCAAAGUGAACAACGCGUAUAAGAUAUCGUUUGUCGUGCCUCGCCGAUGGCAGCACGACUAUGUGGUGGCCUUCAUGUAUGUCACUCUACUGCAAACUCACACGGUUUUGGAUACGGUGGUGGUUCUAACAAUAAAAGAGACAUACUACAAGGUGUUCAUUAACUCCUUUAUUCUGCUUAUGGAUUUGUGGCUCGUAAGCCUGGCCAUAACCGCCGUUUACACGAAGUUUCGAGAACUUUACCAGUACGACUAUGGUGUGAACAAUUUGAGCACUUACCUCCAUCAUAGUGGUCUGUCUCCAACCUUGUUGAGGAACAUCCAAGAGUAUACUAGACAACUGUGGGAAAGGCAAAGAGGUAACUGGCUCCCCGAGUUAGCCCAUCAAGCGCCCCAGUGCCUCCGCGAGGAUUUGCUCAGCGCCUUGUACAUGCAUCACCUGAAGAUGCCCUCUCUCUUCAAGAACAUGCCUCAUUACUUCUCAAGGCAACUGGUGGCCAGGUUCCAGAGGGUCGUUUUAUUCCCUGGUAAAUGUAUGGUUCAAGAGGGCGAUAUUUUUCCGUGUAUGUAUUUUAUACACGAAGGAGAAGUAGAGAAGUGGUACACUGAUUCAAACGGAGAGAAGAAAUUUAUGUCACUGCUAAGCACCAAUGGUUACUUCGGACUGAUUCCUGGAAUGUUCCCGAACGUUCCCUACCAGUUCAGCUACUAUACGAGAACUGUAGUGGAUCUGGUCUUCCUUCGACUCAACACCUGGCAAGACCUGUUAGAAGCGUAUCCUGAAGUGAGGCACGAAUUGUACGCUAAAGCUAAGCAGCUAAAGAAGGAACUUAUGAAGAGUAAAAACGUUUAG